AUGGAUGUUGAUCUUCAACCGUUACCUGCCAUUAGUUAUACAACAAUUGGAGGUAUUAUCGAUUUGUAUUUAUUUACUGGACCCACAGCACAAGAUGUCAUUCAACAAUAUUGGGAUGUUAUCGGAAAACCUGCUAUGCCACCUUACUGGUCUCUUGGCUUUCAUCUAUGCCGUUGGGGAUACAACAAUAUCGACAAUUUGCGAACCGUCAUUCAGCGAAUGCGUGAUGCUGAAUUUCCAUAUGAUGUUCAAUGGACAGAUAUUGAUGCAAUGAAGUCUAAUCUUGAUUUUACCUAUGAUCCAACCAAUUUCAAUGGUCUGCCAGAUCUUGUUCGUUCGUUGCAAUCUGAGGGUAAGCACUAUGUUAAUAUUAUCGAUCCGGGUAUUAGUCCAACACAACCACCUGGAACCUAUCCACCGUACGAUGAUGGGUUGCAAAGAGCAAUUUUCAUGACUAAAUUCAAUUCAACUGAACUAAUUAUUGGACAAGAUAAGAAUGAACCAUUAAAUGGCGUUGAUGGUUCCAUUGAUGGUUGUACAAAUAAUUCAUUAGAUAAACCUCCAUUUGUUCCAAAUGAAUCUCUUAGAUUUCCCAAUGACAACAAAACACUCGGCGUCGAUCAACAAUUUUUAAUUGGUCGUGCCAUUCUUGUUUCACCAAAUCUUGUUUCACAAACAACUACAGUGCAUGCGUAUAUUCCACAAGAUGUUUGGUAUGAGUUUCCAUCAGGUGUUAAAGUGAAAGCUGUCGGUGUAUUUACUGAUCUUUAUGCUCCUCUGGAAAAGAUAAAUGUUCAUGUUCGAGGGGGUUUUAUCAUUCCGAUGCAAAUACCCGGGUCAAAUUUAAUGAUUAGUCGUGGAAAUCCAUUUACUUUACUUGUUGCUCAAUCAGCAUCGGAAAAUGCGACUGGAAAUCUCUUUUGGGAUGAUGGUGAUACCAUUGGUGAGUAA